AUGUCUGUUGGAGGACGAGCUAGCUCAUCACGUGGGAGCAUUUUAAGAAGAGGUCAUACACUCUUGCCGAAUCUUUCCAUUGCGGGGAAACGUGAAGCAAAAUGCGAAUCAACUGAGACAAAGGGAACACGUCAAGGAGGAAGAAGACGUGAUCGAGGAGAUCGUGGGAGAUGUGGACGUGGUCGAGAUCGAGAGACAGGAAGACAGUUGUUUAUAGAGCAACAAGGGAUAUUUUCUUCCGGUUUAAAUGAUGACGGACGACAUAAUAAGAUGAAAAGUAGCAUGUCGGAUGAAUUACGCACAACAAAUCUGGGACGUGUGAAGAAAGUAAAUCCAGAACAUACGACGAAGGAAAAAGAUAUAAAUUCUAUAACAUAUGAAUCAGAAUGGUUGUCUGAUGAAGAAGCUGACAGUGAGGAAUUGCGAGAAUUGCUACGAGAUGGGUUCUUGUCAGACUUGAAACCGGGUAAAGUUAUUCCAUUAGUUCUACCAGAAACAGAGCAAGAGCAGUUCCAGAUAUUGGUUAAAGAAGAGAGAAAUGUGGAGGAUGGUUAUGAAUCUAUGGAUACGAGUCCUCUGCUAUCAGCAAAGAGAAAAAGGAAGAAUAAUCAGGAUCUUAAACAAGAAUCUAAAUUUGAAGAGGACGUCAAAACGUUUCAACUAAAGGAGCAGGACACUACUCACACAGUAUUGAAUCCAACUGCAACAAGUAGUCGUACAGCAGCUACUAUCAUGCGGAAAAUUCAAGAAAAUGAAGAUGGUUCAGUUUUGUUGCUGCAAUUGCCAAGUACGUUGUCCGCUGUCAAGGAGUCAGUUAGUCAGGAAGAUGCAGUAGAAGGAUCCAGGUCCGAAGAGAACACAAGUUCAACAGUAAAACACUGCCUUGACAGUUUUGCAAACGGUUGCAAAAUUGGAAAACUACGAAUAAGAAAGGAAGGUCGCAUGGAACUGUCGUUUUGCGGGAUGCCCUUAGAUGUAACUUGCGGUGCUGCUACAAAAUAUAAUGAGUCAGUAUUACUUAUCGAUUCUGAGAGUCAAACGACAACCUCGACGAUCAAGAGUGAAUACAGCGAUGAACAGUCAGCAUGCAGAGGGUAUAUUCUAGGUAAAAUUGUAGAUUCUUUCAUCUGUUCACAUGAUCUUCCGGAGGCUCUUGAUAGUAAACGAGAACAGCAGCAGCGAGAUAAACGAAAAUUCUAUAAAACCAAAAACCAACGAGAUGAGAGGGAGGAUCUGGAAAUGAAGGAUUUACUUAUAGAGUUACGCUCACUCGAAAAGAAAGAGGAAUCUUGGUCAAAGUGGACUCUAGAAUAUUCAGAUUUUCUAAAAUACGAUGAUUCAUAG